AUGAAUAAAAUAUGUGGAUCAUUUCUUAAUUUUAGACCAGAAUUUGAAUGUUAUGAUCGAAACAUAUCUUUAUCAAAUAAUACAUGUGAUGAUUGUGAUGAAUUUAUUUUUAAUACAGAUAUUGUAAGCGUAUCAACAACGACAGAGUGGAAUUUAGUUUGUGAAAGAGAAUGGAUGAGAUCAACAUCAGAGUCUCUCCUUAUGACAGGAGUCAUGAUUGGAAGCAUUUGUCUUGGAAGUUUGUCUGAUCAUAUGGGUCGUCGUCCAGUAUUUCUUGUCUCUUUGAUUAUUCAACUUAUUGCUGGAAUGGCAAUUGUAUUUUCACCAAAUUAUAUUACUUAUGUUAUACUGAGAUUAAUUGUGGGCAUUUCACUCGGUGGAAUUUUCACAACAACUUACGUCAUGGCACUAGAAAUGGUUGGCCCUACAAAACGUCGAAUAACUGGUAUUUGUUAUCACCUUUUUUGGACAACUGGAUAUGUACUUGUUGGAGUAUUGGCAUAUUUUUUUCGUAAUUGGAGAAAUCUUCAACUUGCCAUGAAUUUACCAUUAAUAUUUUUUCUAAUUUAUUGGUGGUUCAUGCCUGAGUCAACACGUUGGCUACUUACCAAGGGUAAAAUUGAAAAAGCUAAAGAAAUACUUCAAGCAGCAGCUAAAGAAAAUAAAAAAAUAAUAUCAAUUGAUACACUUGAUCAACUUCUUGCUAAGAAUCAAGUUGAGACUGCUGAUGAAUCUUCAAUGAUUACUUUAAUUUUAAAAUAUCCAAAUUUAAGGAAAAAAACAAUUAUCAUUUGUGUCAAUUGGAUUUUGAUAAGCUGUACGUAUUUCAGUUUAUCGUUUGGUGCUGCGAAUCUUAGUGGUUAUCAUUUUUUAAAUCAUAUUAUUUCUGGUCUUGUUGAAGCACCAGUUUAUAUUACUCUUAUUUUUAUUGUUGACAUAUUUGGUAGAAAAAAAAUACUCUUUGGUUCUAUAAUUUUAACCGGAAUUUCCCUCGUAGCUACAGGGCUGUUUAUAAAUUAUCCUGAUGUUCAUAUUGUCAUGUACAUGCUUGGAAAAAUUGGUGUAACAGCAGCAUUUGGUACUUUUUAUCUAUUUACUGCCGAACAAUAUCCAACAAUUGUUAGAAAUGCUGGAGUUGGUGCUGCUGCAAUGUCCAUUGGUAUUGGCGGAAUAAUUGCCACACGGGCUGGCGAACUUGUUAGUUGA